AUGCCCGUCAUGAAGCAUGGCGGAACUAUCGGACUAUCCAAGCCGGAGGUGCACAACGAUCUCAGUUCCGACCACCAACUGGUGGUGGCUGAAGUCGGCAUCAACGUGGCUCCAGCUGCAAGCCAGCGUAAAGACUACCACCACAUCAACUGGGUGCAGUGUGGACGUGUGGUUGGCAGAGGCAUCGACGAAAAUCCCCCGCUUGGCACCGUAGAUUACAUCGACCGGGCGUUGGAAGGACUCCAACAAGCCAUAUCCGUGGCUGCCGAGGCAUGUGUUCGACAAGUUCCUGUGAGGGGGCUGCCAGCGGCACCACGACGAUUCGGAUCGAGUUCGUCGGGCAACGCAACGGAAUGGUUGCCGAGCACGACACGGGAAGGUCGACGAAGGAAUCGUGAAAAGAAACAUCCGAGUUCCACCUGGACGGACGGGAUGUCGAGCGAUGACAAAAUGGCCGACAUUCUCGAUGAUGAUCAGGCCUUCAACGUGUUCAUCAAAAAGCACGUAAUUCAUAAGUCAUCGUACUUGUCCGGCUUUAUAAAGAAAACUACGGUUAAAGCGUGGCUUUCUUAUUUGAUUACGACACCACUGUAUCGCCACUACGGGAUCACAAUUGAUCAGAUCGCCAUAGAUGAUCUUGAAACCCCUGCAGUGGAUCCUCAAAUUGAGCUGGAAACCAUUGCCGUGGAUAACGAGACCGAAUUGCUGCUCGGGCAACAGGAAACGCUCCUUUGGAAUGAGGACAAAUGCCUGGAGAUCGCUCCCGCGCAAAACAGGGUUCCUCUGUCAUUGAUUUACGACGAGCACGUACAGUAUUGGCAACAAAGGAAGAGAGAUUUGUUCGCCAUGAUGCGACAAUUGGGAAAGCCUACGAUGUUCCUCACACUCAGUGCAAAUGAGAUGAAGUGGCCCCAUUUGUUGAAGCUCCUACAUCGAUUGUCAGAGGGACACAAUGGCAAUGACUUAACAGAUCCUAUCCAGGAAUUGACUGCAUUACAAAGAGCAACUCUGGUCAAUGACGAUCCAGUCACGUGCUGUGUGUACUUCAACAAGCUGGUUGACACUAUCAUGCUCCUGCUGAUGUCGCGGCACUACAGUCCAUUCGGAAAGCACUAUGUGGCCGAUUAUUUCAAGCGGAUUGAAUUUCAGCACCGUGGAAGUCCUCACGCGCACAUCUUGCUAUGGCUGAACAAGGAUCCCCGGGAAGCAAUCAGUGAAAAUAUGCCAAAAACCGUACAGCUGAUUAAAGAUCUCUGUUCCGUUAGCGUCAGAGAUUUGCCGAAUACUUACGGGUAUCAAGUCCAUAAGCAUACUUUCACAUGUUUCAAGCGGAACGAAAACCACUGUCGGUUCAAUAUUCCGUACUGGCCGAUGGAUCGGACACUAGUUUUGCUUCCGAUUGCGUCCGAUGAUAGCCGCAGGGAUCGGCUCACCCGGAAAGCCAAGAUAAUGCGAGAGGCUCUGGAAACGAAAACAUAUGAUACAUUGGAAGCAUUUCUUAGCGAUUUCCUGUUCAAGCGAUCCAUGAAUGAACUAUGGACAAACCCAUUCAACCCGUGGAUAGCAAGCCACCUCGGCUCGAACAUGGACUUGCAAUUCAUCCUGGACGAGUACACCUGCGCUGCGUACGUGGUUGAAUACGUAAAUAAGACCAACCGUGGAGUGAGCUGUCUCCAGCGGGAUCUCAUCAAGCUGCAAGAAGAGUUCCCUGAUCAAGACUUCACCGCUCUCUUGAAGAAGGUCAGCAUCAAGAUGCUGAAUUCUGUGGAGAUGUCUGCUCAAGAAGCAUCGUGGUAUUUGUUACGUCAGCCGAUGUCGGAAGCAAGCCGAGCGACGCAGUUCAUUCCAACGAUGUGGCCGCACGAGCGAAUUAAGUCCAGAAAACGAAAUCAGCGAAUGGACGACGAAAGCAUCAGUGACGAUUCGACUUAUGUAUGGACUUUGAAUAUCAUACAGAAGUAUGAAGCUCGUAACGACCUGGAAGAUCUGUGUCUAGCCGAUUUCGCAGCCCUCUACCAGCAGCAACGCAGCAGCAACUCUUACAGGGCUCGGAAAUUUCACCGAGUGUUGCAAUGGUGUAGCUAUGACAUGUCGAAGCUUUCGGACUACAAGCGUGAAAUGGUACUCCUCUUCGUCCCGUUUCGCAAUGAGCUGUGUGAUAUUCUCGACCAAAACAAGUUCCUGCAGCUAUACGAUCAGCACGAACAGGCAAUCCUUGCGAAACGUAAAGAGUACGACUGUGAUCUGAACCUGGAGCAGAUAAUCGAUGAGUACCUGAGGGUAAGCGUUGAGGAAACUCCAGAUGCACAGGAGGCGGUAGCAACAGAAAAGGGUGAUGAAUGUACCAGAGCCAUCGUGAUGGAACCCAACGAUGAUGACAUCCGCUUACUACCCACGAACGCUCUAUCUGCCGUCAUAAAACAGCGGACGACCGUUAUGAGCAAGCAGGAUUACUGUGCUCUGGUUCGCAAAACGAAUGCUGAACAGAGAGCUCUUGUACUGCAAGUAAUCGACAACCUGCAUUGUUUUGAUGACAGCAGAAAACCUCUCCAGUUGUUCUUUACCGGGCCGGCUGGAUGCGGUAAAACGUUUACGCUCCAUGUCCUGAUGGAGACAUAUAAUCGCUUUAGCCAGCAACAUAAUGCACUUAAUAACGCCUAUGUCGCCUGCGCAUCGACAGGAAAGGCUGCCGUGGCUAUCGGGGGAACAACUGUCCAUUCGGCGUUCCACAUAACCAUGGAUCGAAGACACCAUGGGCAACUCCGGUUCGAACUCCUGCAGCUGUAUCGACAAUCGUUUGCCAACAUCAAGCUAAUAAUAAUCGAUGAAAUUAGCAUGAUCGGAGCAAACAUUUUCAAUACAAUCCACACGCGGCUUCAAAGCAUCACCGGUGAUUACGAUCUUCCGUUCGGCGGAAAAGACGUAAUCAUGUGUGGCGAUUUCCGACAGCUUCCUCCGGUGAAUGCGAGACCCGCUUUUAAGUCCGCGAACAACUCCAUCGGUGGUGUAGCACUAUGGCAAACGCUGGAUUACUUCCCUUUGCGCCAAGUGAUGCGACAAACCGAUGUUGAGUUUUCCUCCAUUCUAACAAAGAUCGGAAAUGGUGAGCGGUUGUCGGAUUGUGAGACCAAGCUGGUAGAAAGCAGGUUCCGGACAGUCGAAUGGUGCAUGGAGAAUGUUCCGAACGCAAUACGAUUAUACCAUCGCAAUAACGCUGUUGAAGCGUAUAAUCAUGGUGCCUUGAGCAACCGUGAUGGAUGGGAUUGCACUGCCGAGGAUGUAAUCAGCGGAUACCAAGACGCUGCUCAGCUAACCAGUGCUCGUACCAAACUACACAAAAUGAGUGUCGCUGAAACAGGUUGUCUUCCAUACCUUCUACGAUUGGUUGUUGGAAUGUCAUACAUGAUAACGACCAACGUAGAAGUAGAGGACGGUCUCGUCAAUGGAGCAAUCGGCGAACUCAGGUACAUUGAGCACACCGAUGAUGGCCCCCAGCAGUCUGCGUGUCGCUUGUGGUUCAAAUUUGAUAACGACGCUGUUGGUGCGAAACUUCGGGUGAAAUCCAGGCCGCUUGUAUUUUCAAAACCUGGCGUACUGCAACAAGACUGGACACCGAUCUACAAGCGAUCGGUCAACGUCAAGCUAAGCAGUGUAAUCAAAUGCAAGCGAAUACAAUUUCCCAUCGUUAGUGCCUGUGCGUUGACAAUUCACAAGUCACAAGGAGCUACUUUCGCGGAAAUUGUUAUCGAUUAUGACAAGAGCCAGGAGCAGCAGUUGGUAUACGUCGCCAUGUCACGUGUGAGUUCAGUGCAGGGGCUCUACAUGACAAACUCCGCCAAUUCAUUCGUGUUUCAUCACGGUAAGGGCAGCAACACCCCCAAGAUGAAGGAACUCCGUGACGAGAUGCAACGGUUAGAAAACCACAAAUUGUUGACGCUCAGUGACGAGUUGAUCGCGUUCUUCGAUAACGCUGAUCACUCUGUUAUACUGAUGACCCUGAACAUCCAGAGCCUGAAUGCGCAUUCCAAGGACCUGUCGACUGACCAUGUCAUGACCAGAGCCGAUUUCUUGGCGCUGAGUGAGACUUGGAUGGACGACAAUGAGUCUUCGGAAAUAUCAGGUUACAUAUGCAUAGCGAAAUUCAAGCGAGAAAAUGUGAGGGCAGGAGGCGUGGCCAUUUACGAGAAGGCAUCAAUUUCACCAGUAUCAACGUCGCACACGAUUGUUCAGCUGGGUGAACGACAUGAUCCCAUUUUCGUUGAAGCCGCAAACUAUGGAGAUAUUUGCGCUGCGGAAAUUCAAGUUGAUGGGUGCAAAAUGGUACUAUUCAGCGUGUACGUUUCACCGAACACACCGAUCAAGCUCGCCAAAGCGUUCAUGGCUAGAAGCCUGACCCUCUACAAACAUUUUCCAACUCCAAUCAUUGUAGCUGGGGACUUCAAUAUCGACGUCUCUAAGGCGGAGAACAUCGAAUUCAUCGAGUUCAUGGCAAACCUGUUGGAUUUGAACUUGGUCUCGGAUUCCCAGCAAUCAACCACGUUGAAGGGCUCGUCACUCAACGCCUUCCACCAAGGUGAUACCGAUGGAAAUCAUUCCAGCAAUGGCGAGAUGGUUCUGUACGCACUCACAACUCCCAUGGCCAUCACCCUGAACGUUCUCUUCAACUUUCGGUUGGUUUUCAACGCUGUAAUCCAGGCUGGUCCGCCAUAUCUAAGUAUCGACGAAGAUACACAACCCAAGUAA